AUAUCUAGGGCCCGUUUGAUAUGGGUGUAUAUGCAGGAUAAAUUAAAUUAAUACAGCUUUGUGUGGUGUUUGAUAUCAUGUGAUAUUAGUAUGGUCAAACCCCACUUAAUCCCACUUGUCUGUGUUAUUUUGUAGGAAUAAUCCACACUAAUAAACCGACCCCCCCCCCCUCCGAUAAAAAUAGUACCGCGAAUCUGGAUUAAAUUUUUGCUACCCUUCAUCACUAUCGAUGCAAUUGCCCAAACCCUAGUUCCUCACACCAUUUUCUCCCUCCUGCGAUUUUCGUCUCUGCCGCCCACGAGUCCUAUUUGCAAAUUGGGUGAAGCCCAUUCCACAUCCUUUUCCGAUUUCCAUCGCUUCCAUUUUGUUGAGGUGACAGCGGCAGGCUUCGCUCAACGCCGGCGUCGAGGUCAGAUAUUUGAAGGUGCUUUGGGGGCUCGUCGUUGGGGGCUCGUGAAUCGUCUUCUAUUUUCAGGGGAAACCAAACCAAGAACUUCUUCACAACCCGCUGAACAGCAAAGGGACUUUAAAUAUAUUCCUCUUUUGCCAUUGAAUUUACAAAAUGCCUGGAAGGGAAGAUAUUCGGUUGCGUGAUAUGCAAUUUGUUUUGAUCCAAGAAAGUUUGCGUGUACAUGUCAUACAAGUGGCAUUGUUAUUCGCAUAUUAUUAUAAGACUAGGUUAGGCAAGAGACGGCGUGAGUCAGGAUCCCUAAAAUGGGAGAUAAUCCGCAAAAUGCCUGACCAAGCCAGACACUUAACCCGUUUAUAUGGUAUUAGCGAUGUUGACUGUAUAUCCAAUCUUCGAAUGGAUCGUAGGACGUUUGCACGCCUUUGUGUUAUUUUACGGGACCGGGGGGGUUUGGUUGACGGUCGAUUCGUUACUGUGGAUGAACAAGUAGCAAUGUUUCUUUCAGUUUUAGCCCACCAUAAAAAAAACCGUGUUGUUAGGUUCGAUUUUUGGCGAUCAGGCCAAACAAUUUCGCACUACGUGCACACCGUUUUAGGGGCUAUUAUAAGGUUACAUGACAUGUUUUUGUCCAAGCCAGUGGCUGUUCCCGCGGAUUGCAAUGAUUCACGGUGGCGUUGGUUUAAGGGCUGUUUAGGUGCAUUAGACGGCACGUACGUGAGUGUCAUGGUAGGAAACGAGGACAAACCCCGUUAUAGAACAAGGAAGGGACAAAUAUCAACGAAUGUAUUAGGUGUUUGUGAUCGGUAUCUUAAUUUCAGUUAUGUUUUGGCCGGUUGGGAAGGUUCUGCUGCGGACUCUAGGAUCUUGCGGGAUGCAAUUAGUAGACCUCAUGGCCUUAAGGUCCCAAAGGGGAAGUACUAUUUGUGUGAUAAUGGAUACGCGAAUAGCGAAGGUUUCCUAACGCCCUUCAAAGGCGUUAGGUACCAUUUAAAAGAAUGGGGACCGAACAAUGCACGACCUCAAAAUAAAGAAGAACUUUUUAACUUGAGACAUAGUAAAGCAAGGAAUGCCAUAGAGAGAGCUUUUGGGAUAUUGAAGAUGAGAUGGGGUAUCCUUAGAUCACCUUCUUUUUAUCCGAUUCGAGUGCAAAAUCGACUUAUAAUGGCAUGCUUUCUACUCAACAAUUUCAUUCGGAUGGAAAUGCCUAUAGACCCCGUUGAAGAACAAUUAGAUGCUAUGCCCCAAGGGAAUGGUGAAAUACUAGAAGAGGCACCCGAUGAAUUCGUUGAACAAGUCGAAAGUUCCCCACAAUGGAACGCGGCGAGGAAUGCCUUAGCCGAUGCAAUGUGGUUGCAAUACGUGAAUAACCAUGUAUAAGCAAACAAGUGUUGACUUUAUUUCAAUAUUGUAUCAACAAACAUCUCACUUUUUAUUGUGUUGGAACAUCUCACUUUUUAGUUGGCUGUUAUUAUGUUUGUUGGCUGUGUAUGUUUGGAAACUAAACUCGUGAUUUGAUUU